AUGGCUGCAACAGAUAACAGCCGCAACGGCCUUCGUGCCUCCUCUUUCAACUCGACCUUUUUACCCACCAAACUUUGUGCGUUGCCAGACUUAGCACCUCUCAACACUGACUGCAAAAGCUCGCUUCCCAAAGGAUGCCGCUUUCGAGACCUCGGCGAGGCCCACCGCAGCAUCACAGGUCGCAGUAUCUCGGCAUCUCACGGUGCCGAUGGCUUGAUCGGAAGUGCAUCUUGCAGCACGAACAACAUGGACACGAACUUUACUUUUCUUAACGCUGAUACUGUUGUACGCCAAGAGGACAACAGCACCCGGCAAGAUUUUCUCCCUUCGCCGCUCUCUCCUAGUUCAAUGGACCUUUUCAAUGAUCUCGGAAACCCGGAAGAAUUGCUUGACAAGAUCUUUGACCGAAAGGGUACGCGAAGCUGCUCACCAGCCAUCGUCACUACACCAGCGUUCAAAACCGAGAAUUGCUCGCCUCUUGUGCGGCACGUAUCGGAAGAGAACCUCUCACCUUUGGGUGCCGGCAGAAACUCACAGGGACCUGAUCGCUCAUCCGACUCCCACAGGGCAAUGGCAGUGUAUUCGACCGACACGACUGUUGGGCGUCUGUACACACAAUACCAGAGACACAUUCUCAAUCCACUCCAUGCAAACAACAGCUCGCCUGUCCCAGUCAUCCCGCAUAUUGUGCGUGCUCGGGACGGCGCGGUCAAUCGUCUUGGAUUUGGUCCCAAUGACCGCAGCAGUUCACCGUGUGGCGACCUUGCAGAUCGGCCGUUGCAGAGUGUCGAUGUUCAACGCGCACUAGAUGGGAGACAAAAGACAUCACCAGGAGACACGCCAGAAGAUAGCCCAAAGCGCGCCAGUCCCUUCCUAACCGUUCCAACCAGAGAAAGUCUACUGUAUCCAAAGCCCCUCCGUGUGCAAUCAAUGCGUGUGGAGGGAAAACGCACAAGCCUACAUAGUGGUACGGCAGUUUCUGCCGCAGGAAUGACAACGGAUUCGGAAGAGGACCCCUUCCGCUAUGACAAAGACACCUACAACAUCUUCCUCCAUCCAUCCAAGGAGAGGGAUGUCAGUGCAGCUCUCAACCAUAUCAGUGGCCUCAGCUCGCACAGCCGGGCCACUCUCUACACUCAAGAUGACGACCGUCCUGCUCGCCAAUUGCCGCUUCGACCGCCUCCGAUCCCCAAAGAAUACCUCGGUGAAGAACCCUUUCUCACAGGCCCUACCAGGGCGCGCUCUCUGACCCCUGAGAGUGCCGACGGAUUUUACGAUACCUCUGUCAUCCAGCCAAAUUGGGCUGUCGAGCGCAGUGCAUAUGAAGUGAAGGUUGUGCUUCAGGAUGUGAGCCGCAAUCCCAGUGUCAGUGGUGGCCACCGCUCGAAGAUUGGCCAAGGCAGCACCAUGACAUCCGAGAAGCCUCUGCCCCCAUGUGCACAAAAUCCAUUCCAAUCCGGUAGCCUCUGCCGGCGGGAGAAAGAAAACAUGCCUUCAAGCGAGCGGGAUGACUGGGAGACCGUGGCCACGACGGCACCUGGUUUUGGAAGCAUGAGACUGCAACCCCCUCCGGGUCGAGAACUAGGGGCCUACAAUUCGAAGGGAGCCAAAUUCACUGGAAGUAGUGUGGCCGACGUCUCCGAUGACAGUAGAUUUAACGACGUACCUUUCGACGAGUAUGCAUCCACGGAUCGCAUUGUACAGCAUCCAAGUGGACAUGAAGACUCAGAAGAGAGCCUGCAGAUUCAUAACAUAAGCGGCAUCAAUGUUCCCGUCAUGGUCCCAAAGCAUCGAGUUCACCGGGUCAAUGGCUAUCCUCAGAAUCCAUCGCGCGCGUACCCAAAUUCGCAACGCUCUGGAAGCGACGCGGCCGCUGCACUUGCCAGAAAGGUUUCAAGCCCUUUUCGGCAGCUGAACGGAAGACGCACACGUCGGUUCUCCCCCAUGGCUCUCCAACCGCCACCAUUCAAAUUAGAAAAGGGAAGAAAGAGGUUUGAAUUUCGUCAUCACUCCCAGAGCUCCGACCGCGAUCCUCUUUUUGCAAAGGGCGGAGUAUACGAAUUUCAGGGGUUGUCCAGUGACACUGGUAAUACGCGCAGCGACACAAACAACAUCACGGCCUCUGAAUUGGGUGAUGUGAUUGAUGACAGCCACUCGCUGCGUGAUUCGAGCUCGUCUCAAAGCUCCAACGGCACUGUCCAUAGCUUUCCGUUCCCGCUCAUCCCGCUACCUGCAGCUGCGCGUCUUCAGGCUGUCGAAAGAGAAACUGGUACCGAAAGUUCAGCUGCCGACACCUUCAGGGUUCACAAUACAGCAAGCAAGAAGCGCGCACGUCAUUCCCGUCGCAUCCGUGUUCCAGAACGCGCUUAUCCACGGGCACCGACUCGGUUUGCCUCCGUCUUUGCCUCGAGCUCCACUCGGUCCUCCAAGCAGAGCAACAGACUGAAGAAACGGCGCACGUUGCCCAGGGACCUGACGAUGCAGUCCGCCAUGAGUUCCACAACAGCAGGCGGAACGGGGGCUACAAUUCUUCCUUUCGGAAGCACAGACACUCGCCAUGGCGGCCCAACCCACAUGCUCAAAUCUGCUGCAACGAGGCUGCGACUGGACGACCUUGCCCACCGCUUCCAGGAGCGGACGAGACCGAGCUUUACAGUUGGUAGCAGUCUGAUCAGCCGCAGCAGCCAGCCUCGACUGUACCCUUGGGAUUACCAUGCACGCCGUCGGCAGCGGACACGGGGAACCGAUCCUGAGCUUCAAGCCAUUGCACUCCAGGAAGCCGGGUCUCAACGGGAUCUGGAGCGCAAUGGCGUACCUCUGGAUCCGGAGGCCUUUAUCACCCAUGAAGGCCGGCAGCGGCGCCAGACUUGGUUCUAUUGCAUGCUGGCGGUCAGCAUGUUCCCUUUUAUCUCUGUCAUGGUGUAUCUGGGUAAGUUUGACAGCGGGCUCUCAUGGUACUCAAAGGGUGAGGUCGGCCGUCUCAACACGCGGCAGCGCCGAGUCAUCCUCGUCGUGAUGGUCUUCCAAUUUGUGCUUUGGCCAAUGAUUCUAGGAUUGGUGAUUUGGCGGACACAGCAGCUGCCUAGGCUCAGCUAG